AUGUCGAGUAGUUCCGAGCGUACAGUAACCACCAUCUCCUCCCCAAAUAAUUCCAACUCCCUGACGAGUGCGCACCACUUUGUGUCACUCAAGCUCACGCACAGGAACUACUUAUACUGGCGAACGCAGGUGAUCCCGUUUCUUCGGGGUCAAGGCUUGUUAGGCUUUGUAAAUGGCACGCGGUCACAGCCAUCGCCAUUCUUGGAGAUUCCCGCCGGCGACACAUCAAGUGAUGCCGUAUCCACAACGGAGAAUCCGGCCUACGCCACAUGGGUGCAACAGGAUGCAUCCAUUCUCUCCCUGUUGAUCUCCUCCCUAUCUGAGGAGGUGAUGUAUCUCGCGCUCAGGCAAACCACCGCACGUGGUGUCUGGACAGCCACAGAGACAGCUUUGGGGUCAUCAACGUAG